AUGAACCCGAGGGGUCGUGGGGGCAUGCCCCCUGGUGGAUACCGCGGCAGGGGUGGCUACGGCGGCGGCCGAGGCGGCUAUGGCGGCCCCCCGCCGAUGGGCGGAAGGGGGGGUUACGGCCCUCGUGGCCGAGGGGGCUACGGUCCACCGCCGAAUGCCAGAGGUGGGGGAUACGGGCCUUCGCGGGGCGGCUACGUUGCUGCGGGUGUCAUGGCCGGCGGGGCCAUGAUGUCCGGGCGAUCCACCCCCGGUUACCAGAACGGGCCAGGCCCCUAUGAGAGACAACAGAGUCCUCACAAUGGCUACGCCGUACCCUACGAAGGGCGCCCUGACGAGGCUGCGACCAACUAUAGCGUCAACAACAGCACCAAUCCCUCUUUACCUGGCAGUUAUGAGGCCUACAACCCCGACAGAUCGAGCUUGCCGCGCGCCGAGUCGCCGCCACCCUUGCCCAGCGACGAACCUAGUGGCAUGGUCGGGCAGGCGGUCGAGAUGGAUGCAGCCUCUGGCAGUCCUGCUCAUGCCCCGCAGGGUUAUGGAUCUUUCGGUGGGCUUCGUGAAAGCGACGCAGACAUCGCUGGCAUGGUAGGCCUGCAGCAGGGAGUGCAAGACUCGUCCAACCGCCGCCACGAUACGUACAUGAGCGAGGGCAGCAAGUACAGUUCUGACGAGCAAUACAUGCCGCCACGCCAAGCCUGGGCACAGGGCCAAGGAAGGAACUCACCGAACGUGCCGUCGCCGCUAGGUGGUUCCCAGCCAGCAGAGCUCGUUGGGCGCACCUCGCCACAACAAGCGGCUGCGCAGACCAACAACUACUACGAGGACAUUGACCCGCGGUUCGCGUCGUCGACGCCCCCGGCGGCAGCUGCCCAGCCACCGCCCAUGCAGCCCAACCCGCCGCCAUCCGACACCUAUGACUACCCCCCUCGCCAGGAGCGUGGCGCUCGUGCGCGUAGCCCCGGCGCUGAGUCGGAUCGCUCCAACUUCACGUCCAUCUCCCAGAGGAGUGUGAACCCCCGCUGGAACCCGCCUCCACCAAUGCCUGGCUACGGCGGCCAGCCCAUGCCUCGACGGGCGCCUCAACCCCGGCAGCAAGACGUGCUUCUUAACAACAACCCCGACUUUCAGCUGCCCGGGGCUCGUGGCGCCAACACCAACAGGGGCCCCGGCGCUGGCAUGAUACCUGGCAGUGCCUACCCUCAAGGGCCUCUUUAA